AUGAAUCCACAACUAACUCCACAAAUGAUGAAUGUAGUCCCAAAUGGAUUAGGACUCCAACAACCACCUCAAAUUUUAAUGCAACAACCAAUGCAACAACAACACCACCAUCACCAACAACAACAUCACCAACAACAACAUCAACAACAACACCAUCAACAAAUCCAACAACAUCAACAACCACACCAACAACAAAUCCAACAACAAAUUCAACAACAACAACAAGCUCAACAACUACAACAACAAGCUCAACAACAACCACAACAACAACAACAACAACAAUUACAACCACUACAACAAUCAACAUCGUCAACAAUGAUAACCAAUACACCAACAACAUCAUCAACAUCAAUGGCAACACCAAAUAAUAAUAAUCCAUCAGUUAUGACAUAUAAUCCAACUUAUAAUAAGUGUUUACCAAAGAUUUUAUCAGAUUUGGAUUGUGAAAUGCGUGUUAAACAAGUUUUAAAAUGUAUUGAAUUCAUGUUAUCUGAAGGUGCUGAUGAAGCAUCUUCAAAUGUACAUGCUGUUCCAUUAAGUAAUAAUAAUAAUAAUAAUAAUAACAACAAUAACAAUAAUAAUAAUCAUAUGAAUAGUCAUAUGAAUAAUCAUAUGAAUAAUAGUUCAAAUAGCCCUGCCGUACCAGGUCAAGGUUUUUCAUCAUUUAAAUUAUCCAAUUCAAAUUCACCAAACAUGAAUAAUAUGGGUAAUAACAAUAAUAAUAUCAUGAGUAAUUCUGAUAGACAAGUUCCUGCACCACAAAAGAAAUUUAAAAGAACCAGUGAUAAUGAAAUAAAUGGUGGUGGCGGAAAUGAUUCAACUCAAGAAUUACCAUCAUCAACCACUGCAACACCAAAUAUAACAUCAUUAUCAAUUGCACAAUCACCAAAAGGUAAAUCUACAAUCAAUGGUAACUCUUCUCCAAAAGGUAAAAUUAAAAUUAAUAUUGCUGGCAAUAGAUCAACAACAACUACAACCACAACUUCAACAAACCCAUCAUCAUCAUCAUCAUCAUCGACAACAACUACCACUACAACAUUAUCAUCUGUAUCAUCUGAAGAUAAUGGUAAUAGACAAUCAAAUAAUAAUUCACCAGUACAACAACAACAACAACAACAACAACAGCAACAACAACAAUCAUUAAAAGAACAAUCAUCCGAUAAAGUGUUGGCAAAUAAAUUGAAUUUAUCAUCGCCAAAUUUAGUAGAAGACCAAAGAAGACAUUCAAUGAAUUCAUUUGAACAACAACAACAACAUCAACAACAAUUACAACAACAACAACAACAAAUUCAAAGUCAAAUUGAUGAUCAAAGAAGGGCACAUUCUUAUUCACCUUAUAUGUUAAAUGGUAAUACUAAUAAUAAUUUAUUAUCAUCGAGUGGUAGUAAUAAUUCAAUGCAACCACCACAACCAAACAGUUCACCCAUUGUUAAUGCAAAUCAAAUAUCACCUAAUUCAACACCAGUUUUAAAUAACGAAGAUUAUAAUAAUAAUAAUAAUAAUAAUAAUAAUAAUAAUAACAAUAAUAACAAUAACAAUAACAACAAUAACAUUAAUAAUAAUAAUAAUAAUAAUAAUAAUGGUAGAGCAGGGCCAAUACCCUAUGCACAAUAUGAUAUGAGUGCAAUUAUAAAUAUGCAAAAUGAACAGAGAAGACAUUCAUAUUCGCCAUAUGGUCAAAUUGAUCAAAGUUCACUUUUAAAUAAUAUUCAAAAUUCAAAUGGUAUUGAUCAAAGAAGACAUAUGUCUUAUGGUCAAUAUGAAACUGUACAUCAACAACAAAUUCAACAAAAUUACAUGCAACAUAACCAUAUGAUGCAUCAACAACAACAACAACAACAACAACAACAACAACAACAACAACAACAAAUUCAUAAUCAAAUGAUGCAAAUGCAACCACCACCUCCUCCACAACAACAACAACAAAUGCAACCACCACCUUUACCUCAAUCACAAUCGAUGCAACAACAACAACAACAACAACAACAACAACAACAACAACAACAACAACAACAACAACAACAACAACUUCAACAACUACAACAACAACACCAACAACAACCUCAACAACAACAACCUCAACAACACCAACAACAACAACCUCAACAACACCAACAACAACAACAACCUCAACAACAACACCAACCUCAGCAACAACAACAACAACCACAACAACAACAACAACAACAACCACAACAACAACAACAACAACAACAACAACAACAACAACAACAACAACAACAACAACAACAACAACAUCAACAACAAAUACAACAACCUUUACUACAACAACAACAAAUACAACAACAACCAUCACAACAACAACAAAAUUCACCAAAAUCCUCAAGCGCAGAUAAUAAUAAUAAUAAUAAUAAUAAUAAUAAUAAUAAUAAUAAUAAUAAUAAUAAUAAUAAUAAUAAUACUAAUAAUAAUAAUAAUAAUAAUAACAGCAAUAAACCAUCACCACCAAUCAAAGCGGAACAAAACUCAUCACCAGGUCAAGUACCUUUUAUUGAUCAGGCAGCAAAUCAACAAAUGAAUGAUUUUUCAGAUUCUUCACCAACUUCUCAAUCAACUAAACAACCAAAUAAUGAUAACACCCAAUCAUCACAGUCUCAAACAACUCCAACAAAACCAAAGAAUGAAGAAACCAACAAUAAUAAUAUUAAUAAUAUUAAUAAUAAUAAUAAUAAUAAUAAUAAUAAUAAUAAUAAUAGCAAUAAUAACAAUAAUAAUACUACUACCACUACCACUACUACUACAACUACAAGUAGUGGCAAUGUAGAUAAGUUCCAAGUACCACAAUCAAUAAAUAGCAAUUUAAAUAAUAAUAACAAUAACAAUAAUAAUAAUAAUAAUAAUAAUAACAAUCAAUUUUUAACACCAUUAUUAAGUGGAGGAAAUGGUAGUUCAUAUCCAAACCCAAUGACUGGUUCAAAUGAAGAGGAUCAUUGGAUUUUAUCAUUUUUAGAUAUCGAUAGUGAACAAGCUGCAAAUGCGCAACAACAAUUGACAACACAACAAAUUCAACAAAUUCAAAUACAACAACAGCAACAACAACAACAACAACAAAUUAAUAAUCAACAAAUACAACAAAAUAAUUAA